AUGAUGCGGCAGAGCCGCUGUCGGGCGAGGGGCACGCCGCAACACGGCCGCAGCGCAGACAAAGGCCCGGCCCGGGCGGCGCUGGGCAGUGGGCGCGCGGGCGAGAGCGAGGACAGCGACGUGCGCGCCCGCUCCGGGCGGAUACUCCCAGAGAGCCCAAGCGGAUGGCCGGCGUGGGCCGUGGCAAGCGGCAGGGGCCGGUUCUACGGCAGCAGCCUCCCGCGGCCGCGCUUCUUCCCGGGCGACCGUGUCGACCCGCUGCCGUCCGUCACCGAGCCGGUCCUCGCCUGGGCGCAGGAGGCGCACUUAUCCAUGGGCGGCCUCGGCGUCAAGCGCCUCCGCCUCCAGGGCCGCAUCGAGGGGUCGCCGCGUCGCUCGCCGCGCUCGGACGACGGAGCCAGCGACGGUGACUCCGACGAGGAGGAGGCCGUGGUGCAAGAGCGGAUCCUGAAGCGGGAGGUCGUCGACGACGACGAGGACUCCGACGGGUCCGACCAGUCGGAGGAGGAGGAGGACGAUGAGUCCCUCGCCACCAUCGCCACCGCGUCCAAGAGGAAGCGCGCGAGGAAGCUCAGCGACGAGUUCGACCGCAUCGCCGCGCAGCAGGAGCUGGAGAAGAAGCAGAAGGCGGCGGCCGGAGCUCGAGCGGCGGCGGGCGCGGUCGGUGGCGGUGGGCGGCGGCCGGCCCUGCGGGAGCCCGAGCGGAUGCGGGUGUGGCAGGUGGCGGCGGCUGGCCCCGCAGGAGCCCAAGCAGCGGCAGGUGUGGGCGCGGUGGGAGUAGAGAGCGGCGGUGGUUGGAGCAAGGGAGCAAGGAGACGGCGGGCGGGGCCGGCUGCGAGCUGCGCAGGAGGGCGGGCGACAGCCGGUGGCAGAAGCUUCUCCGCGCGAUGGGGAUGGAUGAGGCAGACAGUAGUGGAUAAGGAGAGAGAGAAUGGAAAG